UUGCCUUGGAAUUUCGAUCAGUCACUCCUGCAAUCAGAGGUAGUCUCUUCCAGUCCUAGAAUCCUAGGUUUCCUGCUUGGCCCUUCACUUCUGAGGCACCCUACGGACGGAGUCGCUCACCGGCUCUAUUCUCUUCUCCAGGCUUCCAUCCCGCUUCACCCUCUCAUCAAACCCUAGGUGGAACAAGCCCCAGGAGCGGCAGGGGUAUCGGCAGGGGUGGCGACAGCAGCCGAAACAACUGCAGAGGCAGUGUUUGCAGGGGUAAAAGCGACGGAGGGAGUGUGCGAAGGGGUAGCAGCGGCGGAGCCGGCGGCAUGGGGGACGAGGGGUUGCGGUCAGCAGUGGUGGAACGGCUGCGGGCGCACUUGCAGCGGGUGAGGGUGGCGGAUGGGGGCACGCGCGUGUACAAGGAGGAGUGCUGCAUCACCUUUGAUACCCCGCGGUCCAAGACGGGCCUUCUUGUGGACCUCAACUCCUUCCUCGCCUUCAGCGAGCGAGCAGCAGCGUGGCAGCACGCCAAGACCGGCAACGCAGUGUUCCUGCGGAUCCGAGAGGUGGAGAAGGAGAAGGAGAGGAAGAAGGGCGCGGAGGGGGAGGACGGGGAGGAUGGGGAGGAGAUGGAUAAAGAGCCACCUUCCAAGAAACCAACGCUGCUGGCCAUAGGCAUGGAGGGCGGGUUCAAUCCGGAAAAGGAGGUGCAGUAUGAGGCUCGCUAUAGUGUGGUUCUUUUACCAGACAAGCUGGAGCUUCCCUACCCCAACAACGACCUCCCUGAGAUUAUCCGCAUGUCAGUGGAAUCCGUGAUAGCAGCAGAAGGCGCAGAGCGCAAGCAGCAGGUAUCGGCAUGGGUGGCGGAGAAGAAGCGGAUCGCCAAGUCCGCGCUCUCUCUGGUCCAGCUCGACAACGGCGUCAAGGUCCCGUCGCUGCCGGCGCUGUGGCAGUGCGCCAAGUGCGAGAAGAAGGAGAAUCUGUGGAUGAAUCUGAGCGAUGGCACGAUCCUGUGCGGGCGCAAGCUGUGGGACGGCACGGGCGGGAACGGGCACGCGCUGACGCACUAUGAGGAGACCAAGUUCCCGCUGGCGGUGAAGCUGGGGACCAUCACCCCGGACUUGGAGACGGCUGACGUGUACUCGUACGAGGAGGACGACACAGUGGAGGACCCCCUCCUGGCCAAGCACCUCGCGCACUUCGGCAUCGACUUCUCCGCGCUCACCAAGACAGAGCAGACGACGGCGGAGCGGGAGCUGGACCAGAACCUGAGCUUCGACUGGAACCGCAUGCAGGAGCAGGGCAAGGCGCUGCAGCCACUCUUCGGCCGGGGCCUCACCGGCCUCGCUAACCUCGGCAACAGUUGCUACCUGGCGGCUGUUAUGCAAGUGCUUUUCUCCACUCCGCACUUCAGCAACAGUUUCUACGAUCGGGUGUCGUUGGAGCAGGCGUUUGCCAAGGCGCCCUCUGACCCUACAACUGACUUCGCCACUCAGAUAGUGAAGCUAGCACACGGCUUGCUAUCCGGGGAGUACUCGCACCCAGUAAACGAGCCAGGGGGAGCAGGGGAGGCAGCAGGCAGCAGCACGGGAAAGGAGAAGGAGAAGGAGAAGGAGCAGGAGAAGGAGCUGUACCAAGCGGGCAUUCCCCCGCGCAUGUUCAAGAGCGUGAUUGGCAAGGGGCACGUGGAGUUCUCCACCUCCAGACAGCAGGACGCCCUUGAGUUCUACCAGUACCUUCUGGAGCAGAUUCAGAAACUGCCCCCACCGCCAGCAGCAGCAGCUGCGGCGUUACAAGAAGGGUCACGAGGGGGAGCGGCAGGCGCAGAGGCAGGGGUUGACGGAGGCAGGGGGGGAGGGGGGGAGGGGGUGAGUGCGUGGCGGAGUGUGGAGUAUGUGGUGGAGGAUAGGAUAGAGUGUGGGGCGUCGCAGCAGGUGAAAUACACCCAACGGCCUGACAACGUCUGGUCGCUCCCCAUUCCCCUUGAUGCUGCCACCAACAAAGAUCAAGUGGCAGCAUUUGAGGUGUUGAAGAAGGAACGGGAGAGCCGAGGAGAGAAAAUGGCGAAUGAGGAGGUGGUUCGCCCACGCGUGCCCCUCUCUGCCUGCAUUGACCGCUUCGCCGCGCAAGAGACCAUUCCGGGGUUCUUUAGCACAGCUAUCAACGGCCACACCACAGCACUCAAGACCACUCGCUUUGCGUCAUUCCCGGAUGUGCUGGUGGUGCAGAUGCGAAAGUAUGUGCUCGAGUCUGGCACGUGGGUGCCUAGAAAGCUUGACGUCUUCCUAGACGUGCCUGAUCGGUUGGACCUCUCUCACCUGCGGGGCAAGGGGCUGCAGCCAGGGGAACAGGUGCUGCCGGAAGACGCUAACCAGGCAGAAGCAGCAGCACCACCACCCUCCUCGGGCCCAGCGGUGCUGCAGGCGGACGAGGUGGUGGUGGCGUCGCUGGAGAGCAUGGGGUUCCCACGCGUGCGCUGUGAGAAGGCCGCGGUGCUCACAGGGAACGCGGGUGUGGAGGAGGCGGCCAACUGGAUCUUCGAGCACAUGGACGACGCUGACAUUGACGAUCCACUACCCCCACCAGGUGCCCCAUCCGCAGCACCAGCCCCAGCAGCAGUGGACGAGGUGGCUCUAGGCACGCUCAUGUCGUUUGGCUUCUCCGACACCGCUGCUCGCAACGCACUCACCGCCACUGGAGGGGACGUUGAGAGGGCGGCGGAUUGGAUCCUGAACAACCCAGCAGAAGCCGAAGCCCCCCCUGCUGCUGCUGCUGCCGCUGCUGCUGCACCUACCCCGAUGGAUGUCCAGCCUUCAGGAGACGCAGCAGCGGCGGCACCAGUUGACCUGACAUCCAAAGUGUCUGAUGGGCCUGGAACGUACGAGCUGUUCGCGUUUGUGAGCCACAUGGGCGCCAACACGCAGUGCGGGCACUACGUGGCGCACAUUCGCAAGGGGCCCGAGGGCAAGUGGGUGCUCUUCAACGACGCCAAGGUGGCUAUCUCAGAGGACCCCCCGAAGGACAUGGGGUACCUCUACUUCUUCCGCCGCUGCUCUGCGCCUGUAGAGCCCUCCAGCUAAAGCAGCUCUGGCAGAAGCAAGCAAGGGAUGCGUGUGUUCGAAAGGGGGGUUGCUGGGAUGGCAAGUGGGUGCUGUUCAACGACGUCAAAGGUGGCUGUCUCAGAGGAGACGACCCCCCAAAGGACACGGGGUACCUACCUCAUACGUCUCCUGCUGACAGCUCUAGCUCAGGCCGCUGUGGCUGAGCCAAGGGUGAGAAGGAGACUCAUCCCUCCCGACUCAUGCUUCCAUAAUUGCGUCUUGGAAGCGAGCUCUGUUUCCAGUUGUGCAAGGAGCCUGUGGGCCAUGGCUAAUUCAAGUGCACUGCAUGGUUUUUGAGGCGCCUCAAAAAGUGCACUGCAUGGUGCUGGGAUGGGAAGGGCCCCAAUCAAGUGCCCAGCCGAAGAGGAUUUAGUGGUGCAAUUUUUGCUCCUCUGAUAAUACCAGCCCUGUUGAUUUUGCCAUUUUCAAAACUGCCCUUGUGCAAAUUGCUCCUGUUUCGACAGCUACCGCACUUCACA